GGAGAACAAGGUUGGCCGAAGUUCCUGCAGCUAGAAUGCAGAACCAAAGUGAGCUCUUUUUCAACUACAUCUCUCUCAUCUCCGAGGAAUACCAGAGGCUCUUGGGGGAGAACUCUCAGCUUUGGGAAGCCCUGCAUGACAAAGAAGCUUUGAAGGUGCCUCGGAAGAUUCGCCCCGAGGCCUCUCAUGGUGCCCUGGAACUGGAGGCUGCGACUGUGCAGUCUACCGACAACAAGGACCACAAUGAGCCCAUCUCAGAAGAGCCUCAAGAGCCUCAAGAGCCACCAAGUCCGAAGACAGUGCAGAUUGAUCGCAGCCUUGAUACGUCUGGGAGCUCCCGGGAAACCCGGGGAAUCCAAAUGGAACGUGCAGGGAGUCGUAUUGAUUGGGAUUCCUUGGGAGUUCAGCAAAGCUAUCCAAGGCACCCAAUCUUCAGCCACGGCAAUGAGAUCAAGGCGGCUUUAGCAAAUGAUUACUGCGCCGAACUUCGCUAUGAUGUGAAGAACAUGUACAAGACUUCAGGCAUUUGCCAGAAGAUUGCAAAAUCUUCUCGAUUUGAAAACAUUACAAUGGCAGUGAUUGUCGUCUAUGCGCUCUACAUGUCUGUUGACAUGGAUUUGAACACAGAGGAUAUAAUCACAAAGCAAAACCCCGUAUUCAUUGUGUGCGAGCAACUCUUUUGUUGCUACUUCUUCUUUGAGCUAGUGAUACGCUUUGGAGCCUUCGAGAUCAAGUGCAACUGCCUAAAAGAUGGCUGGUUUGUCUUUGACUUGGCGCUGGUCGUGAUGAUGGUGGCAGAAACAUGGGUUAUGAAUCUUGUCAUACUCACUAUGGCAUCUUCUUCGGGUGCUGGCAAUGUCCUUGGAGAUGCGUCGAUUCUGCGUGUUUUCCGUCUCAUGCGGCUCACACGGCUUCUGAGAAUGGCUAGGCUCAUCCGAAUGGUCCCAGAACUUCUCAUCAUGGUGAAGGCGGUUGCUUCAGCAGCCAGGUCAGUUGGUUUCACCCUUAUUCUGUUGGGGAUUUGCCUCUAUGUCUUUGCCAUUGCGUUCCGAGCGGUCUUGGAUGGCACUACUGUAGGUUGGGACUUCUUUCGAAACGUACCUAUGUCCAUGCACAGCUUGGCCAUGCAUGGCACACUCUUGGACCGCGUGUCAGACAUCAUAGAAUUCUUGCGGGAUGACAGCCCAGUUGGUUUUGCCUUGAUGUACAUCUUCAUCAUUAUGUCGGCUGUCACCAUUAUGAACAUGCUGAUUGGGGUACUUUGCGAAGUUAUUACGGCAGUAGCGGAAGCGGAAAGGGAAGCCCUCCAGGUGAGCUGGACCACAGAGGUCUUGCAACAGUGCUUGCAAGCAGGAGCAGAUACCAACAACGAUGGCUGCAUCGACUUGGAUGAAUUCCAGCAUAUGAUCGAAAAUCCACAAGUUCGGCGUGUUUUGCGUGAAGCAGAUGUUGAUGCUACCACCUUGAUCAAUUUUGCAGAUGUGCUCUUUGAGGGGGAAAGCGAAGAACUCUUGACCAAGAUCCCCUUCCAAGAAUUUAUGACGAGAACUUUGAAGCUGCGGGGAAGCAACACUGCGACAGUGAAAGAUCUGGUGGACUUGCGAAAAUGGAUACACAAAGAGCUCUAUCAACUUCGGAGGACGAACCCUCGCAUGUCUCAACUAGUGCUCCCUCAGGGACUGAAUAGUUUGCCCUUUGAGUAUGUUUUGCAUGUGUAAGGGAUCCAAAGGAUCCUGGACGUAAGAUGCUACCAAUGCUGCGUGUCUCAGUGAAAA